AGGUUAUUCUCCCUGUCGGUCUGCUUUUUUGUAUUUAUGUUUAUCGAUUAGUCUACAUAUAGAUGCAGAUCUAAACAAUGAAUUAGAUGAGAAGUAACCACCAUCUGCUACGGUUGACCUUCUGCCGCCACCUGAAGAAACCAGCAUCUGCUACCUCCUCCCAUCACCGCUUCCGAGACCCUUUCUGCCCCGGUAAACUUUUAGAAAAAACCAUCAGCAACAGCCCAUCAUCCCCUGCGUCUUAACAUAUCCAUUAUUGGCGCGUAUAUCAAAAGAGGAUGUCUUCCUCAAGAGUAAGCCUUGAAAGUUAUCUAAUUCCACUAGAUGAGAUCAAACGUGCCACCGAAAACUUCAGUCAGGAAAGAUGUAUUGGACAUGGUGGAUUUGGUGCUGUGUACAAAGGAGAACUCUCUGCACGUUGGCAAAACCGCACAGCUGCUGUCAAACGGCUAGGUCCGGACAGCUACCAAGGAGAGCGCGAGUUCCGCAACGAGCUUCAGAUGAUCUCCAGAUUCCACCAUGAAAACAUCAUACCUUUCAUUGGUUACUGUGACGAAGGUGUUGAGAUGAUUAUAGUUUAUGAGUUUGCUAAGAAUGGAAGCCUUGAUUAUCAUCUACAAAACCCAGGUAGGAUGCGUUGCAUAACAUGGAUACAACGCCUGAAGAUUUGCCUUGGGGCAGCAAGGGGACUCGAUUACCUUCACUCGGGUCUUGGGGAGCACAAUAGAGUAAUACAUAGAGAUGUCAAAAGUGCUAACAUCCUAUUAGAUGCCAAUUUGGUUGCAAAGGUUUGUGAUUUUGGCUUGUCAAAAUUGGGUCCCAGAAAUCAGCCAGAUACCCAACUCUAUACAAAGGUUGCUGGUACCCAGUUUUACUUGGAUCCCACAUACCAUGAAAGCCGCAUCCUCCGAAAAGAAUCAGAUGUAUAUUCGUUUGGCGUGGUGCUUUUUGAAAUCUUAAGUGGGAUGCUUGUUUAUGGUGAAAGAAGUUUUGGCGAUGAGCAACAGUUUCUGAUGAAUAACGUACGACGAUACCAUCAGAAUGAACCAGACAAACUAAUUGAUCCCUACAUAAGAGAUCAAAUUAACUGUGGUUCAUUUGAUACAUUCAAAGAAAUCGCAUAUCAGUGCAUUAGUUUGAAUUUAACAGAACGACCAAUGCUUGACACUGUCAUUAAAAAGAUUGAGGAAGCAUUAUUUAUUCAAAUGUCCGAGCAUUCUGCUUCUAACCCCGCAGAUCAUUUCACGAUAGAAAGUCUCCUACAUAAGCUUAAUUCCACCAGACCUUACGACCAGUGGAUCGCCACCGGUGAAAUCUCACGCCUUACAAAAGCAAGCCCUGAAAACCGCAUUGCCUUUGCUCAAGCUGGGGCAAUCCCUCUGCUGACAGACUUCCUCAGAGCACCCGAUUCGCGGACACAGGAAAAUGCAGUGACUGCUCUUCUUAAUCUCUCGAUUUUUGAAGAUAACAAAGGCAGCAUAGUGACCUCCGGAGCUGUCACGGGGAUUGUUCAUGUGCUAAAGGAAGGUAGCAUGGUAGCACGGGAAAACUCAGCAGCUGCUCUUUUCAGCCUCUCUGUAAUUCAUGAAAAGGAUUUUAUCAUCGCUUCUGCAGGAGCGAUUUCACCUCUGGUGUUACUGUUGAGUGAAGGUACUGAGAGAGGGAAGAGGAUGGCAACCAAUGCAUUGUUUAAUUUAUGUAUAAAUGAGGGUAACAAAAAGAGGGCUGUGAGGGCGGGUGUAGUCCCAAUGUUAAUGGAGCUUCUUAUGGAACCACAGGGUGUUUUGAAGGAUAAAGCGAUAGCCAUUCUAGCCGUACUCUCAAUCCAAAUUGAAGGGAGGUUGGCUAUUGGUAUAGCAGCAGCUUUGCCGAUUUUGGUUGAAAUUAUUGAGAUGGGAUCCCCGAGGAACAAACAGAAUGCAGUUGUAGUUUUGGUGGAACUUUGUUUGGAAGAUCGAAAUUAUUUGGUGGAGGCUCAAGAACUUGGAGCUAUAGAGAAAAUGAUGAAUUUACUAGAGCAUGGUACGGAUAGGGGAAAGGUAAAAGCCAUAGAGCUGCUAGAAAAGAUAAAAAAGUUGGAAUAUUUGAGGUGAUAUGGCCUUUGGACCAUUUUUGUAAUAACUAUGUAAUUGUUAAUAUAUUCACAUAUUGUGAUAGCAACUAUGCCAAUAUGACAUAAUUGAUACUCCAUGUUAUUCA